CCAGAGAUGUUUGAGCGGCAUAUGCGUGUCUGCCCCAAAUCUUCACAUCUUCAAGAGGAUUUAAACGUUGCUCUUCUUGAAUAAACACUUCCCAACCACUAAAAGAGUCACUAAAGAUGGGAGCUCUGCAAAUAUUCAUCUUUUCUCUCCUCUUGCACCAGGCCGCAUGCAGCAAAGUACGCGGGGGAGCCACCGAGCUCGUGGAGUGGGGGGACGGCACGCACAAACAGACGUCUCCCACGGGCGCCAGUCCUCGGAUCCUCAACCCCUUGCGUUUGUUCGCCAGGGCCUCCCCAGGGUUCAAGAGCAACGUGAGGGAAAUGUCCUAUAUACAGAACAUGGAGGACUUCUGGGACUGGUUAUCUAACCAGACAGAUGUUCAGGAUCCGCAGGCCAGAACUAAGCGCAGGCCCAUCGUCAAGACCGGAAAGUUCAAAAAGAUGUUCGGGUGGGGAGACUUCCAUUCCAACAUCAAAACGGUCAAACUCAACCUGCUGAUUACAGGCAAGAUCGUGGACCACGGCAACGGCACCUUUAGCGUUUACUUCCGCCACAACUCCACGGGCCUGGGCAACGUGUCGGUGAGUCUGGUGCCGCCCUCCAAGGUGGUGGAGUUCGAGGUGGCCCAGCAGUCUACGCUGGAGACCAAAGACACCAAGUCCUUCAACUGCCGCAUCGAGUACGAGAAGACGGACCGUAACAAGAAGACGGCGCUGUGCAGCUUCGACCCGUCCAAGGUUUGCUAUCAGGAGCAGACGCAGAGUCACGUGUCCUGGCUCUGCUCCAAGCCCUUCAAGGUCAUAUGCAUUUACAUCGCCUUCUACAGUGUGGACUAUAAACUGGUGCAGAAGGUCUGCCCUGACUACAACUACCACAGUGACACGCCGUAUUCCUCCACGGGAUGAUGUGGCUCACCUGUGUGUGUGUGUGUGUGUGUGUGUGUGUGUGUGUGUGCGUGCGCGCGUGCGCGCGUGUGUCAGUGGGUGUGUGUGUGUGUCAUGUGACCUUCAAAUCAUGCUUAUGUCAACGUUUAAGCCCGGGGUGUCCACACUUUGUCCUCUUAGGCCCACAUACAGAAAAAUAGACACCUGCAAGGGCCACUUUGAUAUUCUUCCGUUUUAUUUCAUUAAACACACUAAAACCAAUCGGUCAAGCAAUUAUAUAUUUUUUAUGUAUUGCAGUUAUUUUGAGAAGCGGCUGUUUCACAGCAGGCUUUUGCUGACUGUUAAGUGAAUUCAAAGAUUUGUUUCUAAAUACAUUAUACAUGUUUGAAGAUAAUUGGUGUAAACAUGUUUCAUGACAGAACUAUAUUGUGCUGAAGUGUAGAGCUAUAGCGUUAAACUGUUUUAACAAUCUCAGCUGUCUGUCUGGAUUUUUGGGGUGGGGCUAUAAUGGCGCCCAGUCACUCACGUCAGCGUCCAGGAUGAAUCCUCCCUCCCCAACUAUAUAAGAACUUGAGCAAUUUUGGUCUCAUCAGUGGUUUUCCAGCGAGGUACUGACAGGAGAAACCAAAUGAUUACACACACUAUAUAAAAAGACACAUGCUUUUUUUUUUUUCUUGCUGUCUGACAUUAUGUGGAAAUACCCAAGCAACAUCUCAAGACAUCAGCCAGGAAGUUAAACCCUGGGCUGAAAUGGUUCUUCCCAAAGCAUACUGCCAAACUGCUAACAAAAGUGGCUUCAGCAUAAUGUCAAUGUUUUGGAGUGGCCAUCACAUAGCCCCGAUCUCAAUCCUAUUGAAAAUUUAUGGACAGACCUGAAAAGGCAUGUGCGAGCAAGGCGGCCUACAAACUCCUCCUCAGAUGCCAGAAUUUACAGAACAACUCGGUGUAGGUAUUAAAAUUCCUGAGUGAAAAAGUGAAGGCCACGACAAACCUGCCACGUGUCCGCCAGCCGAGAGAAGCCUGUUAGCUAGUAAGCUAGUUGAUCGCCUCUCAUCGCGACGUGGAAAGCACUACGACGACCUUUUUCUCCCCCCACAAUUUUCACGCCCCUCUAAAAAACACAGAAAAUAAAUAGUGUUGCAGGCCCUGUCAAAUUUAGUUUAUACCGCAGGUUGCUAAAAAACAAAUGCAUGGCAGGCCAUAGUUUGGACACCCCUGCUCUUCCUCCUACUUCACACACCUAAAUUCCUGAGCAGGAAUUCAUGAGGGGACAUUUAGAGGUGUAACUACAAAAAACUUCAACAUGUUCUCAAGUGAAUUGAAGCCGUUUCCAGCAAGCAAGUUGCAUUCACUUCAGAUUGUUUAUGUCCAUCCAUCCAUUUCCUGUCUGUCUGUUGUACUAGAGCGGCUCCAACUACCGGAGACAAAUUCCUUGUGUGUUUUGGACAUACUUGGCAAAUAAAGAUGAUUCUGAUUCUGAUUCUGAUGUUUGAGUUCCAUAGCACUUUUCACAGAAAGGACUCACAAAUACAGAAUCAAAUAGGAUGAAUUAUCCUCACUCCUUUGUGCAUAUCCCUACAGAUGUCUUUUGCUAUUCAAAGUGAAAUGUAAUGGGUUUUGCUCCGACCUACCAAUCAGGAUGGAAAAAUGUUGAUGUUGUCAUUCUUGAGGAUUAAUAUCUCACAAGUGAAUCAUCUCAACACCUUUACUGUAAUUGAUAAGAACACCGUUCACCAUUUCUACCCCUUUAAUACUCACGUCUUCGAGAUCAAAAAUGUCACUUGUGUUACUCUCCGCUUUAUCGCUGCGGCAUCCUCCUCGACUGACACUGACAGCAGCGCUACUGCAACUGGCAAGAGCGUCUUGCUCUUGCUGUUGUCAGUCACGCGCAUUCCGUGUUACUGUGAAAAAUGGUGAAACUUUUGGUAGCCUCAUCUUCUCCGCUCCACUGGGAUAGCUCAGCUUCAUUUUCCUCACAUUGGCGCAUCUUCUCGAAUCAAGUCUGCACAUGCAUAGUCAGAAGAGGGAAUAGUCUUUUCAUGAGAAGGGUGGGGGCAGCACUCAAAUGAUCAUAUGUUUCCAAGUUCGAGAAUUCAAACUAAAACAAUACUUCCUUUAAGUCGUAGUAAGCAGUCUUUUGGAGACGUUUGGGGACCCUUGCAAAUCUAAACGCUUCCCUGUGUUUGCUGAAUGGUAACUCUGCCUCUUUGUCCAGGGACUUGGGAUUUAAGAGGAUGACUUGGGAUCCAGAGCUAGGCUCUCACUGUACACCCCUCAGCCCCUGGCCUAGCACAUUGUAAAGCAAUGCUAAUUAGGAUGCUGUCCAGAUGUUGUGCUGAAGGCGAGGCCACAGGCGGUCGGAGGUGCGUACAUUGUAAACGAUUCCCUCACCUCAUCCAAACUCUCACGCAUGCAAUGAGAAAACGAGGAAGAUUUAUUCUACAAGGGCUUAUUAUUUUAGAUUUUUAGUUUGAUAUAUGGAUGUUAAGGCACAAAGGAGUUGUGAAUAAUAGACCCACUCUGACAACAGGUUUUCAGUCCCUCUCUUUUAUUAGGGCGUUCAUUGAUGAUGAGGCUAAUAUUAAGCGUUGCUGACAAAAGGAGCCCAUCGAGAAGAAGCAAAAGACAGGAAUCAUUAAUCAUUUGCAUAUGUCACUCGGGCCGCUCUCUGAACGUCUAAUUGUGCUCUCUUUCUUCACCACCACCAUUACGGUGCACUAAAAGCAGUCUGUUUGUCAGAUGAAUGUGCGGGUAGCGUGGGUUCAGUUCCCACUCAGUGACGGUGUGAAUGUGAGCGCGAAUGGUUGUCCGUGUCUAUAUGUGCCCUGCGACUGACUGGCGACCAGUUCAGGGUAUAGUUCGCCUUUCGCCCGAAAUCAGCUGGGAUAGGCUCCAGUGUCCCGCGACCCCAACCAGGAUAAGCGCUGUUGAAAAUGGAUGGAUGUAUGGCAUCGUGCUGCAUUCAAGUGUGAGUGCAAUCAGCAACAUUAGACUGUCCUGUUAACGGCCUUCAUUUCAUUUACACUAAAUGUGAGGGGGAAAAAAAUAUGUAACGGAGGUGGUGAGGAGGGCGUCAAUCUGGACAUUUGCACACAUGCACAACUGUACAUUAGGCCUACUUGACCCCCCCCCCCCCUCCCACACUUUUUUAUUUAUUUUAUUUUAUCAACAUCUAACAUCUAACCUGUUCUCAUAGUGAAGUGUGUCAUGUGCUUUAACUGUUAAAACAGUGAAAGGUCGUACGUAAAACUAUUUGCUUUGUCUGUAUUUCAUGUAAUUCUCCCAUCAGAUGUAGAGUGAAUGAGCCGUGCAGGAGGACGCUUGUAUCAUAAGAAAAGAACACAAUCUGUCUUUUUAGUUUAUCCAGUGUAAAUGCUGUGUAUUAACGUAAACGAAACCCUACGGCUUCACACUUGAAGUCAGUCAGUUUUAAAGAGAAAUCCUGUAAGUGGACUGUUCCUUCUUAAUUCUGGUGUUUGUAUAACAUGUAGAUAAAUGUCCAAUGUAUUUAUUUGAGUUCCUGAUUGCUUUUUUUUUUCUUCUCAAGUUUGUUCCGAAGGAACGCAGUG